AUUGCGAAAUUAUGAGAUUGUCCAAAGAUGAAGUUGGUCAAUUUGACUUUCGCCAGGCUCGAUCGUCACUACGACAGUUCUCGCGUAUCGAAACUAUCUUGAUGUUUGUGUCGACAGGUGAGACGAAUGAGCGAUCGUGGCGGAGAAGGAUCAGGACCAUCGCUGAGGGAAGCUACUUUCCUGUCCACCCUCUCUCAAACAUCGGCUCCUCAGCUAGGUGGCUAAAGACAUUCGGUCGUUACGAUUGAAAGAGUGUCACCGACUUUGUUUGGCCGUAAUCGUCGCGAAUCAAUCGCCGGUUUUCCUCUUGGAGGCGUGACCAGAAUAUUGCCGAGUCGUCGAGAUCCAGAGUCUCUAGAAUGUCCGCACCACCGAGCGGUAGAGGAAGUACGCACAAUCUUCAGUUGGACAUUAUGGACGACAUCGCAGACCUAAAAGCGAGGAAGGUGCGCUUAAGGAUGUACAGGACGUCGACGGAGCAAGUGUACGAAAUACAGCCGCUGGAGGGUAACAGUUCCGCUCAACGUUACACUCAACAGCCGAAACAACGAUUCUCUGAAAUGCCUACUCCGUCGGUUUCGCCGACGUCUUCUCUCCGAAAGCGCGUCUCGGAACUGCCAAGAGCCGCGAGUGCAUCCGUUUCCGGUGCUGCGGGCAUUGUCUGCUCUAAUACGGAUCUGAUAUCGAUCCUAAGCUCGUUAGCGUCUUCCGCGACGGAAAUCAACCGAUGCGGCGAGGAAGCGGCGAGUUCCCGGGACGAUAGCAAAUCAAACUGGCCCGGAAAAACGACCGAACAGAAAGGAAGUCGAUCGAAGAGCUUCCGUUCCAACAGCUUCGACGUGUCGACAUUGCACGGAGCUAAAAGUAAGCUUGGCGGAUCCUCGAAAGCCGCUAUUUCGACCUUUAUGGCACCGUCGAAUUGGUUCACGAAGAGACACCAACCGAUGUCGAAGAAGCCGGAAGAUUUGGUAACGGCCAGUUUAAGUCUCAAGUUGGAUAAAUCGAAGGUAGUGAAGGCGGUGAAGUCGUAUGGGACAAACACAAAGUCGUAUGGGACAACACUAGUGGAACCAAAGUGGACGCUCAGGUCUGCGAUGUCGUCCAUAAUGUCCAACUGAAGAUUGUGCGUACUUCCUCUACCGCUCGGUGGUGCGGACAUUCUAGACUCUGGGUCUCGACGAUUCGGUAAUAUUCUUGUGACGCCUCCAAGAGGAAACCCGGCGAUUGAUUCGCGACGAUUACGGUCAAACAAAGUCGGU